CGUAGCUUGGGUGUGUGGAGCAGCAUGAGGCGUCCGGGGAAACUGGGCAUCUGGAGCUCAGAAAGCUUGACAGACAUUUAAUUUGCUCUGACCAUCUACAACCUAAACAUCUUUCGUAUUUGUUUUUGCGUUGUUGGAUAGUGGCUUUUCUGAGUGUCUGCUCUUUUACGUAGCUGAGCAAGGAUGGAUGCUAGAGAAACAGAAAGGAUCAAAGCCCAUAUCAAAAAGUAUGAUACCGGAUUUACAGUUUAUGUACCUGCACUGACAAAGGCGUCCGUUUUGAUCCCAUUGCUUAUGAAGAAUAGAGAAAUUCAUGUUCUGAUGACACUUCGAUCAUUAAAGCUUAGAAGUGGCGCGGGAGAGGUGUGCUUUCCAGGUGGGAAGUAUGACCCACAGGACCGUGAUGAGAUAGCCACAGCUCUCAGGGAGGCCGAGGAAGAGAUUGGUCUUCCCCCAGAUAAGGUGGAGGUCAUAGGAAAGCUUCUACCGAUACUGAAUAAGAACGGCCUGUUGAUCACUCCAGUGGUGGGUCUCAUUGAUGGCACCUUUGAAGCUAACCCAAACCCAGAAGAAGUGAGUGGUGUAUUCACAGUGCCGCUGGAUUAUUUCCUUUCCCAGACCAACCAUUCCUUUUUUAAGGCAUCUUAUUUGCCAUUCAGAGUUCACAGUUUCUGGUACUUGGAUGCUGCUUCGAACAAUGAGUACCACAUAUGGGGCCUAACUGCUCUGCUGGCCAUAACUGUUGCAGUUCUGGUCUACAGGAGAAAGCCAAUGUUUGAGGUAGAUUUUGACCCUGAAGACCCCCUGUCUUACUUUCAGCACAAUUUCCAACUGGGGUUGAGUAAACUGUAAUUUCUUGCCUGAUGUUUUUUUUUUUCUGGUUAUAUAUUUAACAGUUUAAAAUUGCCGUAAACUUAAUUAUGAAAGGUUCUUCAACAUAAAGUAACAGAAAUUGCACUUUGUGAUUUUGAUAUUUUCCCCCGAGUUAAAA